UGCCGUUAUUUUUCCCUGGUGACCGCCAAUACUGUGAGAUUCUCCCUUGUCUCUCUGACAGCGCCUGAAAGUUUGCGUAAUAAACAGGCCAGAAUCAUGUUUUGAAGUUGCGGGAAAGACCAUUUCGCAGACAUGAGAUUCGGACAGAAGGGUGAGGGGAAGACCGUGCUGUCUCCCUAGGACAGAAAGCAGACUCGGCAGCUCCAGCCGGUGAAAUUCAGACGCCGCUCACGGCUGCCUCUGGCCCUCGGCGCUGAUGGAAUGAAAAGGGCGCGGCAGGGGCGGGGACGGACGCCCGGCAACGCUGCGGGCUCGGGCGAGCCUUUUGUUGUCCCCCCCCUUUUCAUCCCGGCUGAUGGGCCGGGCCGGGAGGGGGCGGGGCCGGCAGGUGCCUUCAUGAAUAACUUAAAUGACCCUCCCAACUGGAACAUCCUGCCCAAUCGGCGCGAUCCCGGCGAUGACGGCAGCCGGUGGAAUUACGCCCUGCUGGUCCCCAUGCUGGGCCUGGCCGCCUUCCGUUGGAUCUGGACCAGAGAAUGUCAGAAAGAAAUAGAAAAAGAAAAACAAGAGUACUACAGAAAAGAGUCAACUUUACAGAAAGACCUGGAAGGCAAAUACCGGGAUAUAAUCACGGAGAAUCGUCGCGCUGUUGCUCAUCUGGAGGUGGAGCUGGAAAAGGAACGCAACAGGACCCUGAGCUACCGUGAAGCGCUCGUGUCCCAGAGCCGCAAACUAGUUGAAGAGAGGAAGCUCCUAGAAGAGGAGCAGGAGAAGUUGGAGCGAGAAAAACAAGUCCUUUUGCACUCUGGAGCAGAAGGUACCUUGUACCAGAGCUGCCUGGCAAAGGAAGAAGAGUGGCAACAGAGAGCCAAUCUUUUACUAAAAGAAUUUGAAGAGGGACUGAAGGAAAGACAGGACAUCUACUGCAGUCUUGUAGUACCCAGAAGUCAGAGACUAGAAAUAGAGAAAAAUCUGCUAGUUAAAGCAGCAACUAAUCCUGUUGCUAUGGCUUUACAAGUGGAGAGUGGCUUAAAAGAUAUUUUCAAACAUGAUAACUACUGUGGCAAUGUGCUGAACAGAACCAGAAGUCAAAAUGGAAAGCUUAUGUGGCUGUAUCUGAGAUACUGGGAGCUAGCUGUUGAACUGCAGAAAUUCAAGAGGGUAGAAAAGGCCAUGUUAGGAAAACGCUAAGUAAGGGAAGCAGUGGGAUUCCACGUGAUCCACCAUGCAUGGUAGGGACAAUCACAGUUGUAGUCCAAAGCUGUUAAAUUCUUCUGCUGUGUUGCCGUCUCUCCUCCUCCUUGCACUUGUGCUUGCAUGGGACGUGUGCAGUGCUGGUGCCUUUCCUCUCACUAACAACAGAUGCUCUGGUGAGCUGUGCAUGCUCCUGACCUCCGUGAGUGUGUUUGUGUUGCAGUACAGAGAUAUGCCAACUCCGCAGGUAUCAGAAGCAGCAAAACAGAACUCCGUUUAGAGGAAUUUGCCUCAUUGAUGGUCACACUUCAGCAACAGAGAAUGGUCAUUUGUCUCCCCAGGGUGUGGUAGCACAUUGUGCUCCUUAUCCCUGACAUUUUACAGGGUGUCUCAACACUGUCAUUUUUUGUUACUGUUAUUUUUUAAAAAUAUGUUUAAGCAAGACUGCUUUUGAGGCAGAUGUUUGGGAGAGGUGGUGCUGGAGCCAGCUGCUUGACACGUAAAUCUUACAUGUCUGUGUGUUCAAAUAUAUAAAUAUACAUAUAUAUGUGCAUGAAUGUAUGUGCAUGUAUAAGUGUGCGUGAAAGUAUUCUGAGGGUGGAAUAGAUUGAUCCUGUUUCAGAUUAGUCAGUCUUGCCUUGUCUUCCAGCUUAAUAUACAAAUAGUGCUUUAUGAAUGAAAUAUCCAAAAGUUGCUAAUUCAAAUAGCACAUAAAGAAACAGAUUGAUGUCUCAUUGGCACGUGGGAUCCAUUAUCAAAUUCUAGGGAAUGUAUAAACUGGAAGUUAUAUUUUCAUAUAUUGGAGAUACCUUAAGAAUACUUCUUUUUUCCUCAGUCAAGGGUUUAGUUGUAUCCCAACUAUGUGCCACCAUUGUGGAUGUCCCCGUGCUGCUGCUUCUGCCUCUCAGGGCACUGGCUACCGCCUGGGUUGCUUGCCGGAACCUCCUUGCCACUGCACCUGGCUCUGCUCCUUGGACAGGUCCUGUUUGUUAUUUGCAGAUGAGAACAUAAAUGCAGCCUGCACUGGUAGCCGCUGCUCUCUUCCCACCUGUCUCCCUUCUCCCAGAACUGAAGUACAUACUUUUUUUCUGCAGCUCUGAAAUUUUGUGCUUGUGGUUCACCACUUUACAUACACAUGACUGUGAAAGCCUACAGAUACACAAGCUUUGCAAACUUUUAAGAAAGGGGGCUUUUUAAUUUAGCUAGUAAAAUAAAAUAGAUUUGGUAAAAAAUAAAAUAAUAAGUACAGUGAAAUAAUAAAUUAAAAAUAAACAUCCAGAUUAAAAAAAUCCAGCAACAAACAAAACUUCAAUUUCUUAGAACUUUGAGUAUACCUUGCGUCCUUUAAACAGUAGGAACCACCUUUUUUCAAACGUGCCAUGUAUUUAAAAUAAUAAGAACUUUUAUCUUCCCCCUUUCUAAUCCAGCCUUAGACCUCAAAGGGGCAGUGUUUACCCUUGUGUUUAUAACAUCUAGUCUUCUCUGUUACUUGACUUUGAUUAGUGCUGGUAGGUUGUCAGUUCAUUAAUUAGCAGUUUAUUAUUUACUGAGGGCUAGACUUGACAAAUGUGUUUGCACUAGGCAAUCAAUUAGAACCAUGGCUUGAAAGCAAUCCAAGCUGAGUGAAUGCCCAUCCUCCUGCAGAUGUCGGGUUUUUCUCUUACUGUUUUCUCCUGGUUUCAUUUCAGUCUGAGCACAGAAGACAGCAGAUAACUCUUUUGAAACAAUAUGCACAACUUAAUCCAGUUACUAAGUAGAAAUAUCUAACAUGAAACAAAAUUCCUGAGCAGAAUAGAUGUUUCCCAACUACUCGGUUUUCCAGCUGAGAUUUUGCUCACCUUGGUAGUACUAAUUAUACUGUUGUGUUGACUUAUUAAUCCUUUUUUCAUACUGAUUUUUUAAAAUAAAGUUUUAGUUGACAAACUUGGAGGAAAAAAGAGAGAUCACAAACACAAGAAGGGCCACAGUUUGUCAGGAGGGUGCCAGGUAUAUUCGGGUUGGGAGAUGAGAACACAAUUGAGUUGCUAAUCGUAUGUGACACCCUGAGCCAAGCUGCUGCAGCUGGCCAUAGGCACACAGUCUCAUUGCCCAGGAGAACAAGUUAGUGUGAAUAACAGCCCGUGUGUAAUUCCUUCAGGAUGAGGAAAGUGACCAUCUAGCUGUGGCACACUUCAUACGUUCCUGCAGGCAGUUAAGCUGCUCAGCUGACUAAGAGCAGACAGUGAAUCAGUGCCAGUGUAUUUGAGAUUGAUGCCUUGACUUUGUGUAAGUUAGCCUUAAAAGAUCAAAGGUUUUAUGCUUUUUCAUUUUUUCAUCGUUUGUUAUUCAUAUCACUCAAAAUGUUUAAAGAAAAUGUAAUCAAGAGUAAAGUACUAUUUGUUCAGUAUGAAGAUGUACAUUCAAGCCUUGCACACUUGAAUGUACAGGGUUGGAUGCAAUGUAGUAAAGGUUUGGUAUUCACUUUCUCUUUUUUUAGAAGUGUCAUUUAUUUGUACAACUAAUAGAACUAUUGUUCAUGGACGCUUUGAAGAUCAUUGUCUCAAGACAGAAGGGUUACUUCAGAAGGCUUUUUAAAAGUGUAUGACUGAUUUAGCAUCACUGGUCCUGCUAGUUUCUUCCAAAACUCACGUUUGUGGGUAUGUAAUGUAUUUUUGAAAUGUUCCCCCUUUGUAGGUUGUUAUUCUGAAAAUUCUAAUGUAAGUUUCAUCUUGCCCAGCACUUGUUCUGAAUUGGUUAAUUGUUUGGAACUGCCCAUAUACAUAUGUAGAAUGCAAGAAUAAUUUGUUUUCAAAGUAUUUAAUGAACUUGUUUUUAUUAUAAAAUUGUCACUGAGCUAUUAAACAAUUACAAUUAAUAAAAACCUUUA